GUCUCUCGUUAGUUGCGACGAGAAAAUCAUAAAAGACACAAUCAUGAGUAAAACUGAUGCGGCCUCGAAAUCAUUUUUAAAUAGUGACGCAGUCAAUGAUGAAUUUUUCAUUGAUAUUGUCGAACGUAAAUUGAACAUUAAGCGAGAUCAGUUUAAACUUAGACUUGUUUUCAUUGCUCCGGCUACGGGUAAGAAUGAAAAUUAUGCAUCGGUUGUGUAUCGUGCGAAAAUUAGCAUUGAAUUGCUUGAAACAAAAGAGAAAAAGCUUGUUGAUGUGAUUGUUAAGGCAUUGAUUGUGACAAUGGAGGAAAUGAAGGAAUUUGCAAUUUUUGAACGUGAAAUUGUCGUCUAUAAAGAAGUGAUUGGGGAUUUUGAGAAUACAUUCCUGGAAAGAGCAAAUGAAGUUGUCGAGUUCGGUCCAAAAUGCAUUAAAAUCGUGUCUAAGCCUUACGAAAUCAUCGUUCUUGAUGACUUAAAAGCUGAAGGUUACGUCAUGGCCGAUCGAAAAGUUGGAUUAGGUUUAGAGGAAUCAAAAUUAGUCUUCAGUAAACUUGCAAAAUUCCAUGCAGCAAGUGUGAUUCGUCAUCAAAAGGAUGGCAUUAUCAGCCCACACUUGGAUCGUCUCGUCAUGAUGCAAAGUGAAAGCAUGAACUCACCAGAACAAGUGGAAAAAAGCACUCAAGCCUUCCUAAUGAUGUACAGAAAAUUAGUCGAAACUGCCCAAAAUAUUAAAGGUUUUGAGAAAAUUGCUGAAAAAAUGUCACAAUGGGACCCAAUGAAGCUAAUGACAAUUUUUAUGGCAAUUGCUGAGCCAAUGCAAGGUGGAUUAAAAGUACUAAAUCAUGGUGACGAUUGGCUUAACAACAUGAUGUUUAAAUAUGAUGACGAGGGACGUGUUCUUGAUUUGAAAUUUAUUGACUUCCAAAUGUCUUUCUGGGGAAGUCCAGCAAAUGAUUUAAUUUACUUUUUUAUAUCUUCAAUCGCUGAUGAUGUUAAAGUUGCUCAUUUUGAUGAUUUGAUCCAAUUUUAUCACAAUGAGUUGGUUGAUUCUUUAAAAAAGUUAAAUUAUGACCAACCAAUUCCAACACUUUAUGAACUGCAUGUAGAUUUACUUCAAAAAGGCGGUGCUUUUGGAUUCCACAUGAUGUUUGUCAUGUUCAUCGCUAAAUACGACUCACCACAGGACUUAGACAUCACUCAGAUCUUCGAGCAGACAAAAGACAGUCCAGGAAUGUUUGAAGCUGCGUUUAAAAAUCCAAUUUAUCAAGCAGCUUUCAAAUCAUGGCUUCCUUUCUUAGACAAAAGAGGAUAUUUAGAUGCGUUCCUUCCAAAUGCUCCAAUGACACCAUUUGUUCAAGGUAUCAUUGCCCAAAUGCCAAAACCUGAAAUGCCUGAACCACCAAAAACUGAAGAAUAAUUUUAACUUGUUUAUUGAAAUAAAAUUGAUUUUAAGUUUCAAAUCGU